AUGGAGUGUGAAACAGUUAAGGCAGCUUGGACAAAGUUAGAAGAAGAAUAUGUUGGGACCUCUAGAACAAGGCAUAUGCAGGCACAGAGCUUGAGAAGGCACUUUGACAUGAUACGAAUGAAGGAGAGUCAGUUUGUAAAAGAAUAUAUAGACCAGAUUCUUAAGCUUACUAACCAGAUAAAGUUGUUUGGUGAAGAGCUUAAAGAAGUUCGAGUAGUUGAGAAUAUUCUCAACAAUGUACCAGGAAAGUUUGAACCUACAAUAGCGUCCUUGUUACAAUCAAAGGACCUCCCUGACAUUUCAAUUACUGAAAUUGUCAAUGCCUUGCAAGCUGCAGAACUGAGGAUAUCAGCAAGAGAUGAAGCUCUUGAGGAGAAAGCCUUUCUUGCUAAAGGCAAAGGUAAAGCAAAAGCUGAGGCUUUUACCAAGAAAAAUUACAAUGACAAAGAUAAGAAGACUACUCAAUCUGGUCAAUCUUCAAACAAGAAAAACAAGUUCAAGCCAUGUUCUUCUGUAAGAAAAGGAAUUAUAUUGAUGACUACUGCUGGUUUAGGCCAGAUGCAAAGUGCAAGAUAUUCAGAUUUUGAAAGUGACCUUGGUAAUUGUGAAUGGCUUCUUGAUAGUGGCAGCUCACGGCAUAUUGCACUUUUUGAAGCUGUGUUUGUUGAUCUUGAUAAGAACCAUUGA